AUGCUCUCCUUGAUCCUCUCCGCCGAACUGAACGGAGUCAACGAGCUCCGUCCCAAGGACACCGAGGAGGAGCCCUACUACUACACCUUCAAGGUUCAGUGCACAAGCUGUCGUGAGGUUCACCCCAACCCCGUCAGCUUCACCCGCUUCGAGCAGCACGAAAUCCCCGGAAGCCGGGGCGAGGCCAACUUUGUGUGGAAAUGCAAGCUCUGCCAGAAAACCCACUCUGCCUCGAUCAUCGCGGGGCCCAACGCCUACGAGGCAAAUGACAAGCGCACCGGCCAGAAGGUGAUUGACAUCGACUGCCGGGGUCUGGAGUUUACCGAAUUCAAGGCCGAUGGCGAGUGGCUGGCUAAGGGUGUCGAGUCGAACACCCCGUUCACCGACAUUGAUUUGUCCGAGGAGUGGUAUGACUACGAUGAGAAGGCCGGCGAUGAGGUUUCUAUCAAAGAGAUUUCCUGGACGUUCAACCCCGUCAACCCCCGCCCUUUCCUCCAAGCUAGGGUCGGCGAGGAGGUCGUCAUCCGCCUGAAAUGGGGCCAAACGGAGUACAAGGGCAAGCUGGAGAGCAUCGACUCGUACAUGAACGUGCUGCUGCGGGAUACGGAAGAGUUCAUUGACGGCAAGAACACGGGAACUCUGGGUCUUGUGCUGAUCAGAUGCAACAACAUCCUCUGGAUGGGCUCCGCCGACAACGUUGAGAUGACGGACCUUGGCCUACGGUAA